AUGGAGGAGUCGAGCUCGCACCACAAGGCGCAGCUGUGGGACGGCGACGCCAAGGCGGUGCAGCAAUGUCUGACGGACAUCUUCACCAGCGUAUACACCACCUGCGACGUGCCCGAGAGCGCCAUCUUCGGGCCGUGCGUCCUCAGCCACACGUCCAUGUAUGACAGCAUCGCCUUCAUCGCUCUCAAAGCCACCGACAAGCGCACAGCACCUUACAUAUUCCGGGUGGACACAUCUGCAGCUAACAGCACGUCAGAGGGCCUGAUGUGGCUUCGUCUGGUGCAGUCGGCUCGCGACAAGGACGAGCAGAACCUGGAGGCGUACGUGAAGAACGGUCAACUCUUCUACCGCUCGCUAAGGCGCAUUGAGAAAGACGAGGAGCUGCUUGUGUGGUACGGGAAGGACCUGGUGGAACUCUUACUACUCACUGCUGCCAGGGUGCCUACUAAGAGCAAAGGUGGAACCCACAACUCAUGUCCAGAUUGCAACCAGAGGUUCCAGUUUGAGUUUCCGUUCUUAGCUCACCUCCGCUUCCGUUGCACCAAAAGACUUCAGAACUUGACGGGAGUAGAUGAGGAGCCCGGCAGGGAGCGCAGCCCGGACCGGCCCAACGCUACACCCACAAGGAGCAGUCCCAAACAUGGCCGAUCUGAGGGCGACAGCAACAAACCCUCCACAGACUUUCACAACCUGGCACGAGACAUGGAGAACAACCGGACUGGUAGCCCGCUAAGCGACAGGGAGGCGGAGGUGUGCAGCGAGAGCUCCGGGAAGAGAAAGUUCUCCGCAGUGGAUGACCGAGAGUGCCGACGACCCAGCUUGCCACAGUCCAAGUCCAAGGAGGAGCUGGCGACAUCGGCGCAGAACUACCGGGGAGUGUAUGGCUUGGAGGAAAACCGGGCACUAUCUUCAUCCGGUUCAUCGGAGACCAAAUGCAGCGCUUUCACCGAAGUCAAGAAGUCGGUUCAGACUCUCAAGAACCAUGGCAGCAGCAAAGGUCUGUCAAGCGUCAACUCCGAGAACAAAGACCGUCCCGGCAGCGGCCCCUCGGAGAAGCACCUCAACAUCCGUCAGGUUCUGUCUGAGACGCAGCCGGCCCAAACCCCACCCAUGGGGAGCGCCUUCACCUCGGUGAGCCAGGCGGGCGGCAGUGAACGGAAGAGCGCCUUCAGCCAACCGGCCCGUUCCACCUACUCCCAAAUCUCCCCACUGGUCAUGCCGCCCAAGCUGCUGGACUGUCACCCGGCGGUGGGUGACACCAUUUCAUCUAGCCGUCUGUACCAGGCUGACCACCUGGCUGCCAAGCUGCAGGGUGCGGAACUGGGUGCAAACUGCCCUGUGCCGGGCGGCGUGGCAAAGCAGAGCCCAUUUGUAUAUGCCGCUGCUGCCGCUGCCACCUUCUGGCCCAAAAACUCGGGUGGUGUCCAGUUGCAGAUGCCCUCGGCACUCACUCUCCUACCCCCCUCUUUCACGUCACUGUGCCUGCCGGCGCAGAACUGGUGUGCAAAGUGUAACGCCUCCUUCCGCAUGACUUCGGACCUGGUCUACCACAUGCGCUCACACCACAAGAAGGAAUACGCCAUGGAGCCCCUGGUCAAGCGGCGGCGCGAAGAGAAGCUCAAAUGUCCCAUCUGCAACGAGUCCUUCCGAGAGCGUCACCACCUUUCACGGCACAUGACAUCGCACAACUGA